CUCCCCAUCAACAUUUUGAGUGUUUGGUCCCUUGGCCAGCCAUGGCCAUUUCCGAAAUACUGCACCACAAGAAACCCACUGCAAUAACCGUCUCACAGUUCGUAAACUCUUUCCAGCGAAUAUGGCACGACUCAAGGACGCGCGGGGGCCAGCGAGCGCGGAACACCCGUUUCCCAUCCCGACUAGGCCUAGCCAUCAGCGGCGGCGCCGACAGCAUGGCGCUGGCCUACCUGUGCCGCGAAUGGGAAAAAUCCACUCCUGAGGUGACCGUGACAGCCUUCAUCGUGGACCACCGCGCGCGCGAGGAGAGCUCACGCGAGGCCGCCACCGUCGCCUCCUGGCUCGCAGACAUGAACAUCACCACGCACAUCCUGCCGCUCGACUGGUCCAGCCUGACCACGAGUCCGCAGACCCUGCCCGCCUUCGAAACCCACGCCCGCCGCCUCCGCUUCCAAGCCCUGGGCCGCGCCUGCCGCGCCGCGGCCAUCGACGCCCUCCUGACGGGCCACCACCGCGACGACGCCGUCGAGACCACGCUGUGGCGGCUGUGCACGGGCGCACGCGGCGCCGGGCUCGCCGGGAUUCCGGAAUGCACGGGGAUUCCCGAGUGCCAUGGCAUGUUUGGGGUGGUGGGGAGUCGGGGAGUGGAGUUGUUGAGAUCCGCAUACCCUGGCCCUUAUCCUCCCCAUUCACAUUCCCGGGUGGGUUCUGGCCAGCAGCAGCAGCAGCAGCAGCAGCAGCAGACAGCGCCAAUGGCCACCGGAACCCUCCCCAUCAUCCGCCCGCUCCUCGCCUUCCCCAAAUCCGACCUCCUGGCUACCUGCGCCACUCACAGAAUUCCGUUCGUCUCCGACCCGACGAAUUUCGAUCCCACGCUGACGCCCCGCAAUGCCAUACGGAGUCUGUUGGCACAACAAAAGUUGCCGCGGGCGCUGCGCGAGGGAUCCGUGUUGGGAUUGAUGGGGGCGAGUCGUCGACUUAUCAGGACGGCUGAGGAGGAGUCGGAGCGGUUGUUGCGGUUGUGUGGGGUUGGGGGGUUCGUGCCGGAGACGGGGGUCGUGGGGGUUGGGUUCCCUUCGCUUGCAUCUUGCGGUGAUUCUCGAAGUGUACACACCCAAAUACAAGCCCUCGCCCUCCGCCGCAUCACGGAGCUCGUCUCCCCGUUCCCGGAUAAUCACUUCCCGCUGCGCGCGUUCGAGCCGUUUGUGGCGAGGGUGUUUCGGGGCAAGCAGGAGCAGGAGCAGGAGGAGCAGCCGUUCACGCUGGGCGGCGUCCUGUUCCAGCCCCUGUCGUUUUCCCAGGCCCAGCAGAAGAAGGGCGAGGAGAGGUCUGAUGCCCCCAAGAACAGCAACGGCAGCAACCAAAACACAUGGCUCCUCUCCCGCCAACCGUACAUGAAGAACCGGCUCCCGGCUCUGGAUUUCCACCUCUGCACGGAGGGAUCUGUCACCACUCCUGAACGGCAGGAGCAGGAGCAGGAGCAAGAGCAAGAGCAAUGGCACCUCUGGGAUAACAGAUACUGGUUCCGCGUGGGCUGGUCCAGCAGCAGCAGCAGCAGCUCCGCACCACCAAAAUCAAUCCCCAACCCCAACCCCGGAAUCAGUUCUCAGAACCCAGAACCCCCGAAAAUCCACCUCCGCCUCCGCCCCCUCCAGAAAUCAGACCUCAGCAUCCUCCGCCAAAUAGCAGACCCCAAAGCCCUCACCCGCCUCCUCGCGCAGGUCAGCCCCGGACGCACGCGAUUCACUAUCCCCGUGCUGGUGCAGGUGCUUGAAGAAAUCCCCCUCGUCCUCCCGACGCUGGAUCUGUGGCUUCCUUCCUCGCCGGCACUCAAACAUCAAGGAAGAUGGCCGGAGGGGAAGAGCCUACGCUGGGAAUGGCGGUAUAAGAUGGUGGAUCGGGCGGGGACGCUUCGAUUAAUGGGGUGGGAAACGGAGGAGUAG